UUACUUGACCGGGAAGUGAUACGUUGAGUCUCACCCAUAAUAUUUGUAGCUUGCAUGGGUCGUUUGUAUAAACAAAACGGGUCGGUGUAGCGUUUUUUGGGAAUUGUAAGCUAUGUCGCCUCGCUUGCGCGUUACUAACACACCGCAACGUUUGUGCCGUCGGUUUCAGCGCGUGUAAACCCGGCCUGUUUAGCGUAACAGCGCCGUGCGGAGCGCUAAAUAAAGGCAUUUAGUGUCUGAUCAAGACGGAACUGACUGUUUGUGCUGCAAAAAUAUGGCAGAGUUGCACGUUGAGCCCAACGCGAAUGGCAUCAUCGAGCAGACCGAGCAUUGUGAAAUCAGAGGCUCCGUGACCGUGAGACUCCCCUCGCCUACACUGGUGAUUCCGCCCCGGAGCGGCUUGUCCAGUCCAGGGGUCUCCGGCUCCAGAGCAGUGUUCGGGUUCCCUAUGAAGAGCAACCCCACUUCCCCAUCACCAGAAGCCACAGAGAAACCAGGAUCUCGGUGGGUUCGGCUCAAUGUCGGGGGAACCUACUUUGUUACAACCAAACAGACCCUGUGCAGGGAUCCUAAAUCGUUUCUGUAUCGAUUAUGUCAGGAAGAUCCAGAUCUGGAUUCGGAUAAGGAUGAGACAGGAGCAUAUUUGAUUGACAGGGAUCCCACAUAUUUCGGACCCAUCUUGAACUACUUGAGGCAUGGGAAGUUGAUCAUCAACAAGAACCUUGCUGAGGAGGGUGUUCUAGAGGAAGCAGAGUUUUACAACAUUGCGUCACUUGUGAGGCUGGUGAAGGAGAGAAUACGAGACAAUGAAAACAGAACGUCUCAGGGCCCUGUGAAGCAUGUGUAUCGUGUAUUACAAUGUCAAGAAGAGGAGCUCACUCAGAUGGUUUCCACUAUGUCAGAUGGAUGGAAGUUUGAACAGCUCAUAAGUAUCGGCUCCUCCUAUAACUAUGGCAACGAGGACCAGGCCGAAUUCCUGUGCGUUGUUUCCCGGGAGCUCAACAACUCAACUAACGGGAUUGUUAUCGAGCCCACCGAGAAGGCUAAGAUUCUUCAGGAGAGGGGGUCCAGGAUGUGAGGAACCUGGUGCCUGAGCCCACACAGAUGUCCCAUCCCUCACUUCUUUUCUUCAGAUCCUCCUCCACCAUACAGCUGACACCAAGUUCAUCAGCCCACCACCCCCACCUCACCCUCCCCUCCUCCCUUGUGCCUUUCCACUGUGGGGGUUUCAGUCCCCCUCCUCCCUGCAGUGCUGCAACAUUAACCGAUCAGCACCACCACUAACUAUCAGCCCUAUUACUGACUUAUCAAAAAUGUGUCCAAGGUUAAACCUCAGACCAUUACAUUUGAUGCAAGACUGCUCAGAGAGAGGAUUACAGAGAAGGAGUCAUCAUUCAUCGUAAUGCUUAUUUAUGCAGACUUCAUCAUCAUCAUCAUCAUCAUCCUCUGCAUAUCCCGGUCAGUAUCAUCAUAAUCUUUACAGCUGCUGUUUUAAGGGGUGUUCAGUUGCUCCUGUUGGUUCGGCUGUGUUCACAUGACCAUAAUCUCCUCAGGACUUCCAAAUGGCGUGCAAGAUAGACAGUCAAUACAGCUUCUCAUAACAGCCACAUGAACUUACACUGUAAAUCAUUAGCAUCAUUUCAGCAUUCAUUUCCCAUUGCCUGGUCAGACAGAGAGCACAGCAGAUGGCGCAACUGAUGAAACGAAGACAGCGGCUUUUGAACAUGCAGUAUUUUGUCUUCUAUGGGGCAUGCUUCUUUUGUUAACUACCCAUUUACCCAUCUGGAAAGGACCAGAGGAGAAGGGAGAACUCAUACUGCCAAUUGUCCGGUCAGAUGCCACAAAUCCCUUGUCCAUCGCUGUGAAGAUGUCUGACAUUAUCAAUUUGCUCCGGUUGACUUUUGUCAUCUUGGAUUUUUAUUUUAUUUUUUUGCCUUGUCGCUGUGGAUAUUUCAAAACAGGAAAUUAAAAAAAUGACAAAAUAUGUGGUUUUAGGGCAUGUGAGGAUUAUGUAUAUUCAAAACAUAUGUAUUAUGAAGAGGCCGAACGGAAGUCAUGUAAUUGUUGAUAUCUGUACCAUAGUGGUCGUUUUUUGUGUUUAUCAAGAUGAGUUUCUCUAUUUGAUUGGGGAAGGUUCUGAAUCGACCCCUAAUGUACUUUUUUUUAAAAGCCUGGUUGCCGAGAUGAAAUUGUUUGGUUGUGUUUUUCCUUUAAACACUUUGUUGAUGACUGGAAGAAAAAAAAAAAACAGGAGACUUUUUGUAUAGAUGUAUCAGGCCUACAUAGUCCAGGUGGUUCAGGAGACCUUUGUUGUUGAACAAAGUGCCCACAAGUUUUGAGUCAGGGCAAAACUGCAUUAGUGGCUCUUUGUUGCAUUUUUUUGACACCAGAUCUAACUCUUCUCAUAACAUUUUGGCUAUUUAACUGUUUAACUCGUUUUUGUUUAAAGUCUGAUCACGUCAGUGGAAUGUUUUUGAAUGUAAAGGGCUCUGUUUAUUAUGGAACGCUUUUGCCAUUUCAUUUUAAUUUCAUAAUCUAAUAUCAUUUCAGGUAAAUCAUUUUAUAUUUGCUUCAUUUUAACAUUGAAGCUCCGUCUUUGAAACUGGUUGCCCACUCCUGUUUAGCAGCAGAUAAACUUGAUCUCCUGUUUUAUCUCCUGUAUUUAGUUUUUCAAUAUUUACAUUGUGGUUUCUCUACAUCACAAAUUGUCAGUAUUUUAAUGGUAUCCAGGCUGUAUUUUGGUUAUUUGGUUCUUAUCCAUCGAUGAAAUAUUGUUGAAUCUAGGGGUCAGUCUAAGAUGGCAUCAUGUACGUGGACUCAUUUUACCUCUUUAAACUCAUGUCCUUUGGUUUAUCAUAUCAAGGAGGAAAAGUACUUGAGUCUGUGAGCUACUUUGUGGUUGUUGGCUUUCCAUUUCUUCCGUUGUGUUAAUGUUUUCCCCCUCCUAGAGAGAGUUUAUUUGUUUAGCCCCAAUUAUUAGUCAUUGAAGCCCCUAUAACAGGAUCUCAGCUCUCUCAUGGGAUCCUAUUGUACAUUUCCAUUGUUCAAAUUGGUUUAAGAUCUAAUUUCAAAGAAGAAUCCUGGAUUCAAAUCUAGGUGGCGCUGUUUAAGUCUCUCUCCGUCCCAGUUGUUUGUCUAGUGUUGUGCCUUUGACUUGUCGUGCCCUACAUGUCUUAGAUUACUCUUCUUUAAAUACAGAAAUGGUGUUUAUUUCAUGCCUGUUUUGACUAAAUCAGUUCUGUUCCUUGACUCAGAUACUGACUGUGCCUGUUUCCCCUGAGUUUUUUAUUGUUCUUGUUUCAGUGGUUCAUCUGUAUUUAGCUUUUCCAUUCUUGCCCCAUGCACUUUUCAUUUGGCACCUACCUGCUUUUUAAUGUUCUCACUGUGUGGAUUUUGUUCUAUUUUUAAAGUUAAACCCCAUGUGAGGCAUAAGAAAAUGUCAUGAGCAGUCUCAAGUUUUAUUUAGGAAACUUAGGAAUAUAGAUGUCACAUUGACUGCUAAUGCUUUAAGCACUUGAGAUUGUGAGACUUCUGUGUCUCUUUUUUCCUUAGUAAUCUACUAUUCUUCUUUAGGUUUUGUGCCCCAUAUUGUUUAAGAUCAAACAAAAAGAUAUAUAGAUACAGAUAUUUUCUUUGUGAAAAAAGAUAUAUGCUAUUUUGAAAAACAGGAGGUUGGCGUUUUGGAACGGCAACUUGGAAGCAUGCAAUGUGUCGGGUAUAUAAUGUUAUAUGCUGGGAUGUUGUCAUAUUGUGAAGGUGAAUUGGUGCAUGGACAGUUGACAGAUGGUAUUAAAAAUAUUUCAUAAGUGGAACUUUAAAGAAAAAUAUGACCCUAUUUUAACUGUUCUGUACAGAAAUCGAUAAAAUCAAACACAGUACUACUGGAAAAAGUUGCUUGCUGAGGCUAAAUAUGCUUAUGCAACACACCAUGUAUCUGAUAAAAACAUAGCUUUCAACCAAUGUUUUUCAGCUGGCCACAAUUGCAGACCUCUGUUAUAACUUAUCCAGAUAAAGUUAAAAACAAGGUCCAUGUUUAACAUAAGAGUCGUUUUUUGCUGCCAUAAUAGUUAGUCUACAAAACCUGCAUGCUUUAAUAUACAGUACACACACAUUUUAACAUGCUAAAAAUCUGCUCUUUCAUCAGAUGUUUUGGGUGUAUUGCAUUGUCAACAGUAUUGAUGUAAAGUGUCAAAUAUGUCACUAGGUUGAUGAGUUUGUGGAGCUAAGUGUUCUUGAAAUGGGUAGUCUUGAUCAGAAUGUCCUUUUCAUUUGUUUUCUUUUCAUUUUUAAAGUUUGUCUUCUGACGCAGUUUCUUGCAGUGUACAGAUUGCAAAAUGAUAAUGUAUGAUUUUUAUCAUAAAAUGUGUUUGUGUUUCAGA